UUAAUUUAACGCGCUUUGCAUGUAAUAGAAAAAGCAUUGCAUAUCAGCACGGGGAAGGCAGGACAUGGAUAUGCGAACACGGCACCGCAGGUGGGCUUGGCUGGGACUGGGACUGGGGACUGGAACGCAUUCCGGGGAAAAUGGGAGGGUUCUGGACGGGGAUAUUGCAAGCACUAAAUCGACUGAAAGAUACCCAAUAAGCACAAGAUAUAAAAUAUUCAUUAUAUAUAUUGCCAGAACAAGUAUUCGAAUGUUUGUAAACGAUUAAAUUUGAAUUGGAAUGAAUGGAAACCCUAAUUAAAACGAAAGGUUUGAAGGGUUUUUUAUUGUGAAAUAAACCCUAAAUGGAUCCACGAAUACCUAACUAAGCUUCAAAUAUCCCCAAUCGGUGUCCAGUACAGGGUAUCCAAAUUAUAAAACAAAGUGAAGGCAGCGCUUCAUGCUUCGUGUUCUCAUAAUUAAGGACAUGGGCCAACGCAACGCACUAAUGGAAAAUACAAAGAUACUAGCAAAAACAGUAACAAGAAAAUGAAAAGUGAAAAUGAAAAAUGGAAAUUUUUACAUGGUGAAUGCGACAUGCGAUAUUUUUUUUGGGCCAGCGCUGUUGACACUUUUUGGGGCUGCGGCAGACAUAAUUACACAAAGGUAGGCUACGGCGACCCUGAAAGCAGGAAGUUGGCUUUUGUGUCACCCAACACGGGUACGAACAUGUGAGCGCUGUGACUGUGACAGCAACAAGAAACAGUUGAAAGUGCCGCGUGUCCUGUCCAGCGUCAUCCUCAUUGGAGCAGACACACCACACCACACCACACACUACAUCCAUGGGGCACACGGGUAUGCGAAUACGGGGUUCAACACAUCCAUUGACACUUAUCGCGUGGGUGGCGCGUUUAAUUCACAUUUUAUUUCAGUGCCCGUUGGCUGCGCGCGUAAUUGUUGCUUCCACGAGCUGUACAGGAGGCCAGGAGGCCAUGCCAGGAUAUAGUCUGUUCGCGUUGGCGCUGCACGGCGGUUGUGUGCGCGGUGAAUCGCGCAUUCUGUGGGUACUCUCGCCUUCCUGGUUUAGUAGUUGGUCAUGCAGAACGAGGCCACCGAGAAUGUGGAGCCGCAGCCAUCCACAGCCACAGCAGGAGCAGGAGCCACACCAGUGGCAACGACCGACUUCAUGCAGAGCCCACCGGCCGCAGCCCCACGGCGACCCAAGCCCGGAAUCCUUCGUCUGGAUAUCGGCAAGCCGCGACGCUCAUCAGGUGGUUCUGUCGAUUUCCGCUGCGUGGGCAGCAGUGGCAGCGGCAGUGGCAGCAACAUCGCCACUGGCGCCAACAGUGAGGUAAGUGAGCAUGAUUUACUGCCCGCUGGGGAGUGCUUACGAUUUGGCCAGGCCAACGACAUGUGCAGCGGCAGUAACCAUGGCAAUUGGGAAGAGAAUAGAGCACCUACAUCAGCCAUGGCAGCAAUGGCAAUGGCAGCAACGACAACGGCAGCAAAUGCCAAUAGCUAUAAACGCCAAUAGCUCUUAAACGGUGGAUGACUCUGGUCAAGCAAUGCUGCAAGUCGACCCAAGGUGGCGGUUAAAAUCAUUUUUUAUGUGUCCCACCAUUUAUUCAGAGGGUGUUAAGCGCACACUCAAGCCAUAUCGAACAUGGGAUGCUCUUGCUCUUUUUUAAAACGUGUUUAAUUCAGCAAAGAGGAACGCUAUAGCUGUAGAAUCGACAAUCUCAUAAUGUGGAAACCAUUUGGAUUGGAAUUUUGAUUAUAAAUGUAUGUGCUACAAUUUCUGUAGAAAAAGGCAUUUGAAACACUGAUAUCCAAA